AUGGCCGCCCAGCUGCCUAUCCCCGUCUACACCAACCUCACCGACCUCUACCACGAUCUGGGCACCGCGACCAAGCAUGCCGAACGCUGGUCCCAUCUCGCAGAAGAGUUCGAGAAACGCUACGGGCGCAAGCCUGCCUACAUCGCCCGCGCACCAGGUCGCGUCAACCUCAUCGGCGAACACAUCGACUAUGCCCUCUUUGGCGUCUUCCCCGCCGCCGUCGAACGAGACAUUUUGAUCGCGUGCGCACCGCGUACAGCGACCGCGUCCCCCGAAGCCGAAGAACCCACAUCACCAGGCGCCGUCACCGCCCAGAACCUCCACCCAAAGUAUGCGCCCCAGACCUUCGUCCCCGUCAAGAAACCGACGAGCAUGUUCAAGCGAUCCGAAUCCGAUGACCAACCACCGGAAAACGCCGUCCACGCCGAGCAGUGGGUGCUCGACAUUGACAAGAACGAGCUCCGGUGGGAGAGCUACGUCAAGGCGGGGUACUACGGCGUGUUGAACCAUUACUACUCUGGCUCGGCUGAGGAUGGGCCCAUGCCCGUAGACCUCUUGUUUACCGGUUCCGUCCCUGCAGGCAGCGGCCUCAGUUCGUCUGCAGCGAUGGUCGUGGCCAGCACCCUCGCCUUCCUCGCCAUCAACGGCAAGCUCGAAGACCCAUCCACCGCGCUCAGCAAAGGCGCCCUCGUCGAGAUGGCGAUGGAAAACGAAAAGCGCGUCGGCGUCAACUCUGGCGGGAUGGACCAAGCCGCUUCCGUGAUCUCCACCGCCGGCUCGGCCCUCUACGUCAGCUUCUUCCCGAAACUCUCCGCCGAACCGACCCCGCUCCCAGGCUCGCACCUCGCCGCCUCCUCCUCGUCCACCGCCACCACGGCCCAACCGCAAAUCAUCACUCAGGUCGGCAGCCUCGAGCAGGGCAACUCCAAAGCCACUCUCGUCACGGAGGCGCCAUCUACACCGCAGACGACCGGCGCGGUGUUCGUAUGCGCCAACUCGCUCGUCGUCUCCGACAAGGUCGUCUCCUCCAAGUUCCGGUACAACCUGCGCGUUGUCGAGACCCUGGUCGCAGCCCGCGCGCUGGGGCGCAUUCUGGGUGUUCCGCUGGACAAGACCGGCGUGAGAGAGAAAAUCACGCUGCGCGAGGUGCUCGGGCGGUGGUUGGGCGUGGAGGAGACGAAGGGCGGCGACGCGGAGAUCGACGUGCAGACGCUGAAAGAGGGCUUGAAGAAGAUUUCGGCCGAGUGCGAGCGGCUCAAGCCUACCACAAGCCCAUUGUCAGGGACCGUGCCGGGUGGAACGGAAAGCUUUGCCGACGAUUCGGCCCAGCUCGGCGUCACGCUCGACGAGAUGAUCGCGCUCUCUGGCCUCUCCCCCGCCGAGUUCCAGGAGACGUACCUCUCCUGGGUCGACGUCGAGGCGACCCACUUUCAGCUGUACAAGCGUGCGAAGCACGUCUUCGACGAAGCCUGGCGCGUACUCGAAUUCCGGGACGUGUGCCGUCAGUCGUCCGGGCAGAGUUUGGAGGCGACGUUGACGAAGAUGGGCGAGCUCAUGAACGAGUCCCAGUCGUCGUGCGCGGAGUUGUUCGAAUGCUCGUGUUCCGAGCUCGACCAACUCACCGCCAUCGCCCGGGAGGCCGGCGCCUACGGCUCGCGUCUCACAGGAGCUGGAUGGGGCGGCUGCACCGUCUCGCUCGUACCCGAGUCGGAGGUGGAUAGCUUCAUCGCGAAGGUCAAGGCUGCGUACCCUCCUUAUAAGGGCCUCGAGGGCGAAGCACUGCACGAGGUCAUCUUCGCCACCAAGCCAAGCAGCGGUGCCUGCGUGUAUAAAUUUACCGAGUAGUGUGGUGUGGUGUCUAGAGAAAGGAACAUGUAACAAAACCCGUUGUAUCAUCUAUACUAGACGUGAACGCUAUAAGUACGAUGACAAGCUUC